UGUCGCGGAAGUGUUUCAGGAGCCAGUUAACCCAACAGCGUUUCCAACGUACUCUUUAAAAGGACCCUCGUUUAUCCUGGGGAACUGCACUUCUGAGAGAGAGUUCCUGAAGACUGCUGCCUCCGACUGCAAGCCAUGCUCCCACGAGUUCUCCAGCGUGCCAGGGACGGGCUGUGUGUCCCCGGAGUCCAUGUCCCCCCCGUCCAUCGCAGAGGACGUCUUCUUCGGCAUGACUGAGGAAAAGGAUGACUCUUCAGGUGAUACAGAUUCUGAGGACCACACUCUGGAUCUCAACAGCAGCAUCGAGGACCUUCUCUCGCUAAACCCCUCCCUUCAGGGGACAGAAUAUUUCAAAGACCUGGAGAUCCAUCUUACUGGAGGAACCAACGCCAUGCAGGAAAUGACCACGUCUGUGAACAGCUGCCCGUGCAACAAGCCACAGAAGAACAAUGGACGCUGUUUCCAGCACGAUAACGGCAGUAACUCUUGCCCGGGCUCCUUGUCUUAUCAAGAGAGUUCCAAGGGCACCAGGGAACCCCUGCAAACCACGGACACACAGGAUUUAUGUGCCCACGCUGACAGACAAGGUGAUUGCUCUCUCGUCAAUACAGUUAAAUACCUGGGGGACUUGGACGACAAGGUGGAUAAAGACACUGAGCCUGAGACAUUCCCAAUACUUCUGAGGACUUUGUCUAGCUCACGGAGACACAGUUGGGAAUACCCUGUAUCGCCAGUGGACCCAGGGAAAAGGUUUAGCCUGGAUGCGUCUGCCAUGGACAGCGAUGGGGAGCAAGGGGACGCAGACCCAUCUCAGCUGACAGAGUCCUUCACCUUACCAGAGGGAGGCCCAGCGGGACCGAUCAACACUGCAGAAGAAAAAGAUCCCCCGCAGGAGUCUCCCAACCCCAAAGCAAAGGAUGGAUCGGACCUGGAAGAUGCUAGCAAAAGGCUCAGGUCAAAGUCGGUGGUGCAUUUGUCAGAAAAAGUUGGUACGGUCCGUCUCUCUCGAAGUCUCGAGGAUUGGUUUCCAGCUCCUGAAGGAACAGAACAAAAAGCCAGAGAGGAAAGUGAAACAACUCCCGAAGAGCAGAAUCGCAUGCUGAUGGUAACACAGGUGUUGCAAGAACUAAAGCAUUACCACGGAGCAAAGCAGAGGCAGAAGACAGAAGGAAAAGCAUCAUCUUCACAAAACCUGACCUGGUAUGAAUUUCUCUCUAAUGCAAAUGAAGAAGAGGACAAGACAGACAAAGUGGAGAAAGGAACCAAAGUGAAACGAAGGCUGAGCUCUCUGAGGAGCAGAGUAGCAGGCUCCUUUCAGAAAGACAAGGGUAAGAAUCGAGAAAAAGAGCAGCAAAAGGAAAAAGAAAAGGAAAGGGAGAAAGAGAAGGAAAAAGAGCCAAAAGAAAAGAUGCGAAUGAGAAACGGGCACCAGCUGGUGCCGGGCACGUUCUCCAGCUGUACCACGUGCACGCUGUGCAGCAAAACACUGCAAAGGAAGCCUGGGCUUCAGUGCAUGAACUGCGGCGUGAAUGUCCACAAGAGUUGCAAGAACCUGCUGGGUGAAUGCAGCAGCAGCAGCAGCAGCAGUAAACUCAAGAGAGAUUCCCUGAGAAACCCGACUCCCGGGUCUCCGCAGAGCACAGGACACAAUCACAGUCAAGCCGGCUCGUUUCUGAAGGAACAGUCACGGAGUGCCGUCUCGGGUCCUGAUGGCUCCUGUGCUUCCUCGCGCAGUCCAGGCAUGACCAUCACACAACGGGGAAGCAACACUCAGCUCACAACCAGCACCGCUGCUAACCACGCCAAUACAUACGGAUCAAUCACAGGAGAGAUGGAAGAAAUAGAUGGGUUUAUAAAACUAAAGCAACAGUCAGAAGAUGCUGUCUCUCUGGCUCCGUCCACAGCGGAGUCCAUUGUAGUUGAAGAUGCACAAUAUGCAUCUCUCAGGGGGGAGCUGGAAUUAGAUGCCCAGGAUAUUGAAGCAGAAUCGUGGAGCCUGGCUGUCGACCCAGCGUACUUAAAGAAACACCCGAAGGAGGCGGUGAAGAGACAAGAUGUUAUACAUGAGUUGAUCCAGACUGAGAUGCACCACGUCCGGACGCUGAAGAUCAUGCUGAACGUCUACGUGCGAGGAAUCAGGGAGAACCUGCAAAUGGACGACAGCAAGGUGGAGAAAAUCUUCCCUUGCGUCGAGAACCUCCUGGAAAUCCACAGACGGUUCUUAUCCCGGCUGAAGGAAAGGCGGAAAGAAUCCUUGGAGGAAGGGAGCGACCACAACUACGUCAUUCACAGGAUAGGAGAUAUCCUGGUGUCAGAGUUUUCUGGAGAGAUUGGAGAGAGAAUGAAGGAAAGCUAUGGAGAUUUUUGCAGUCAUCACAGUGAAGCCGUCAACUAUUAUAAAGAACUGCUACAGAAUAACAAAAAGUUCCAGAACUUGAUUAGGAAAAUUAAUAACCUUUCUAUAGUAAGGAGACUAGGAGUGCCGGAGUGUAUCCUGUUGGUCACUCAGCGCAUCACAAAGUAUCCUGUAUUGGUGGAAAGAAUUAUACAGAACACGGAAGUUGGUUCAGAAGACCACGAGGAGCUGACCCGAGCUUUGGGCCUUAUUAAAGACGCCAUCACACAAGUAGAUGCCAAAGUCAACGACUACGAGAAUAAAACUAGGCUUAAAGACAUUGCCAGCAAAAUGGAGCCCAAAUCUUCUGGGAAAUUCAAAGACGGGCGCUUAUUCGGCAAGGAGGAGAUACUGAAGGGGAGACGACGGCUCUUGCAUGAAGGAAUGGUUUAUUGGAAAGCUGCUUCGGGGCGUCUUAAAGAUAUUCUGGCUGUGCUUCUUACUGAUGUACUUUUGUUAAUACAAGAAAAGGACCAAAAAUAUACAUUUGCUACUGUGGAUAGCAAACCGUCGGUGAUCUCCCUGCAGAAGCUAAUUGUGCGAGAAGUGGCCCACGAGGAGAAAGCGAUGUUCUUGAUAUGUGCCUCCUCAGCAGAGCCAGAGAUGUAUGAAAUUCACACCACCUCCAAAGAGGAGCGCAACACCUGGAUGAACUUGAUCCGCCAGGCGGCAGAAAGUUGUCCUGAUGUAGAGGAAGGAGUUUCAAGUGACCCGGAGGAAGAACGCAGACUGGCUGAGGCACGAGCCCUUAAAUUAAAAGAAUUCCAAGAGCGCCUGAUUUCUAAAGACAGACAGAUUGUGCAGAGCCUCAGUGAGAAGCUGCAGAUCUUCACUGAGAUCUCAGAGGUGAUGAGCGGGCUUGAAGACUCGACUCAGGGGGCCCGCUCCCGGCUGCUGGUGCGUGGAGACCCCUCUGACACGCUGCUGGGGGAGCAGCUUCUCAAGGAUGCCAUCGCUGAAGUUGAAAAUCUUCAGAACCUGCUGAUUUCCCAUGGGAGGGAUGUGAGCUGGCAACCUGAAGACGGGCUGGGGUCCUCAGGGUUACCACGGCGGGCAGAGACGUUUGGAGGAUAUGAAUCCAGUCCCACCGUUAUGAAUAAAAAUGGCAGCAUGAAGAAAAAGUCUUACACUGUGUCUUACACUGGGGAACACAAGCUGAGAGAAAGGAGAGGCCAGCUGACAAGCUGUGACCCCGAGCUGCAGGACCUGUGGGGCGAUGAAGGAGCACAACAAAUGGCUGAUGAAGUACCAGAAAAAAGUUGGCAUAAUGUGUGGAGCCCUCCCUUUCACGAAUCGGAGUUUAUUCAGAGUGUGCAGACCUUGUCACAGCUGCUUUACAGUCUUCAGGCCAUCAUUGCGCAACAAGACAGCUACAUGGAGCUCCAGCGUGCAUCGCUGCCGGACCGGGACAGGCAGAACCGGCUGCGGGGCAACGGGCUGCUGGAGCAGGAGAAGCAGCGUAACUUCGAGAAGCAGCGGGAAGAGAUGGCCAACUUCCAGAAGCUGCAGAGCCAGCUGCGUCUGGAGCAGCAGCGCUGGGAGCGCGACCGGGAGAAGCAGCGGCGGCUGGCCGAGGUGGAGGAGGAUAGGCUGAAGGGGCGCGAGGAGGAGUGCCGGCAGCUCCAGGAUCGGCUCCGGAUGGAGCACGAGGAGCUGGAGAAGCAGCGGGAGAAGUACCAGCAGGACCUGGAGCGUCUGCGGGAGUCCACGCGGACCGUGGAGAAGGAGAAGGAGCGGGUGGAGCAGCAGAAGUAUAAUCUGAGGAAGCUCAAGACCAUGUCCUUUGCACCAGACACGUCGCAGGGCCAUAACCAGAGUCAUUCCAUCAGUUUUAAUGGAGAUGGGUUCCUGAACAGCGAAGGCGCCCUUCAGCUGCCUGUGAAGCCACAGGGCCGUUCAAGUCAGUCUGUGGCAGGGGCAGAUUACAUGCAGCGGCCCGAAGUCUUACUGAGGCGAGAGAACAGCACGGCAGAGUCCCGGCCCUUGCUCCCCAUCAAGUCCGAGGUGCCCAUCCACCUGAUCAGCACCACCAACCAGCUCCACAAGCAGACUGGCGUGCAACAACGCAUCCCCACCAAGCUGGCCCUCCUCUCCUCCAAGGGUAAAGAGAAGGGCAGCAGAGGCAAGGGAUCCCACAGGACGGAAAGCGCAGCUGCAGACCUGAGGCAGUUGCUACCCCUCAGACUGUCUGGAAAGGAGGAUGGUACUUUAAAAACCAAGAGGUCUUGUAGCCCAAACCAAAACUUCCAACAAGAACCAGUAAGCCCUCCAGACAACCAUUCCGAUGCCACUCAUCUGUCCCCACACGGUAUGCAGAAACAGAACAGCCAGGGAUCGCUGCAGACCCCCUCCCCACAGCCCAGCAUCGCCGAGGAGAUGACCAAGGAGGACGUCAUCUUUUUCUAAUCUACCCUCAGGAGAGAGAUUUAUGGACAGCUGGUUGCACAUUAGAAAGAUAGGCAUUGAACAUAAUUUAGCUACUGGGGGGGAGUAAAAGGUGGUUUAUUUUAAAAAUUAAGGUACUUUUGUUUUUAAAUUGCAAGGAAUGUAUUUUAAUUUUGCCAGUAACCUGUGUUUAUAAUUAACCGAGUGUAAUUUUAAUCCUGAUCGAUAGCCCAUAGAUGUAAUUACCCCUGUGAUUCGUUACAUGAAGAGAUUCGAUUUAUCAUUUUUUUAAUGGUUUAUUUACUUGCAUUUCCAAAGACCAAGACUUCCUGAUGCAACCGAAACAGGUGGCGUUAGCGCUAGUUGGCUCUGUAGGAAGUAUUUGAAAUAUUUUUUAAAACCCACUUGACAGUGAAGCAUUAAAACACUGCUGUGAGGAGUUGUUGUUGUUAAAUACAUGUUCUGCACUAGUAAUCGUUCUCAAUAACUGGGGAGGAUCUCAAGGAAAGUACGUGCAGUAAGAAUACGUUACCCGAUAAGCGCUAUGCUUGGAGAGCCACACUUAUUCAUAUAGCAGACAACAGUCACACUGAACAUAAAAAGGGCAGCAGCACCACAUUGUGAUUUUGCUCUGAAAUUUGGUAAAUCCGCUUGGGUUAGCCUACAUUCAGUCAAGCACCCAGUGGAAAGCUGUGAUUUGGAUUCGGCAACACUCUUAUUGGUCUGCAUGACAAGCCUUAGUCGAGGGACAGUUGAAAGGCGUACAGGUUUAGUGGAUCGGUCAUGCUGCUUUUAAACUUUAAGUGCUUAAUCAGCCUCACAAUGCCUGACUACUACUAGAUAUUAUCAACGACUUGCUGUGACCAGCUUCAUUUCCCAACCUGUCCUCAAGCAAGCACUUGUGGGACCAGCUUGGGAGACCAAGUCUAAACAGACACUCCACUGGCACUCCCAGGGUGCAGUAUAUUCUUAUUCUGGGUGUCUCACUUUGGGGGUCAGAGGCUAAAGCAAUAGUAACAUGUAUCAUUCUAUCACUUACAGACUUUCAAUAAGUACACGGCAUACAGAAGAUAACAAAAAGUACUAUACCGUGAAUUGUAGGUAUCUUUUUAAGAAUAAGUCAUUCCCAAGGCAUGGGUUACCAUGAGAUAAACUGAGGUAACUGGGUUCUUAUUUUGAGUUUGACAAGUGUGUGUAAAGGGUAGGGGGGGGUUCUUUUCAGGACUGCAUUCGUGAAAAUGGAGAUCUGGAAACGGGAGGGGCUUGGUUUGAAAAUUUAAGAGGUGCUGACCUGUAGUUUUACUGUUCUGUAACAAAAUGGUUAUCACAUUGUGUUCUAGCCCAUAUCUAUCUUGCACAAAUCCAGACUGCCACCCCUUACUCACAAUUAUAUGUGUAGAAAUGCGUCAGACUGGCUCUGGGACAGCAAUGUAUUUGUUCAUUGUUUUAAUAAUAUACACACACCACUCCCCUCAACUCAACAGUGUAACUUCAUGCCCAGGUUAUUCAUUUAACUUCCUUAUGAAAAGGCCAACGAUGCUACUGUAUCUGGUUCAAGUUUGCCAAAGCUUUAAUACUUGUUUUUUAUAUAAAUAUAUAUUUAGGUAAUUCUAUUUACAACAUGGGGAGGUGGGGGGAGCUCAACUUGUAGUAACAACCUAAUAUUGCGGUUUAAAGGGUCACUUAAAAUAAAUGUUAUCUCUGUGCAUGUGUUUAAAACAGCAACCCACUGCACAGCUUACAGGUCUAACAGGAAUGCAUUCUAGUAGGGCUGUGAUCACACCCAAAAAAACUUUACGGGACACGGUGGUGCCUAAAUAUUUAUGUGAAAACUGUACAUAUAUUUUUUUCCUUAUUUAUUUUCUCUAAUAGAAUUGUACUUGCAUUUUUUUUAUUGCUCGUUUUUGCUGAUUUUAGUAAGGAUGAGAUUUUUGUUAUUUGAUUACUGAUAGACGAUUGGUAAAUGCAGAAAUGACUGCAAACUUCCUUCAGUCUCGUGCUCCUUCUGCAGAAAAGGCAGCAGCUAUUGUUUUGCUUGUUAUUAAACAAAAAAAAAAUAGUAAUAAAUCAUGUUGAUUAGUCUUAAAAUAUUAAAAGGGUGAUCAGAAUAUACUAGCAUUCGCUACUUAAAGUUCAAACUAGAAACAAAAACUGAUUUGGAUUUGAGGAUUUAUUUUUUUUUUUACCCAAAAAAGUGUUUCUAAACUUUUAGCAGUUCCAGUACUCUGGGUCUUGAAAUGCUUGAGAAUAUAAGCUUGAGACAGUUUUACUGAAGGAAAUUGAACACUUUUUUGUUUUAUCUUUGUAAUCGAAUCAUUCCUUGUGACUGCCAAGGAUAAUAAUGGAGUAUCUUUUAGUUUCAAGAGAACACGCACGCGCACAUACAAAUCUGCUUACAGCACCUUGUUGCAGGUUUAAGCUUUAGUAGUUGUGCCAUUGUGUACUGUCAAUAAAUACUGGCUUUUUUUAUUUUUUUUAUUUGUAUAAAUGCAUUUCUUUUAUUUUUUUAUAUGAACUGUUGAGCACUUUAUAACAUUUCUGCAUAUGAAGUACUGUUCUUGGGGUGCACUCUACAAAAGCUGCAGUUGCAUUUUUAUAUAAAUAAAUAAUAAUAAAAAAAAAACAUGCUAAUGCAACAAGCAGUUUGCUAUUUUUUUUUUAUUUUAUUUUGGUUAUGUAGCUGAAACUGCGCCACUGUCUUAACUGGCUUCUCUAGCUAGUCCCUCUUUUUAUACAAAGAUGGUAUAGUCCUGUGUAUUUCUUACACUAUUUGGAAAAGUUCACAUUUUUUAAAGGGGUGUUACGGAAUAUAUAUAUAUAUAUAUAUAUAUAUAUAUAUAUAUAUAUAUAUAUAUAUAUACCUUUACAUUCAGUAUAUAUGUUGUAAAUAAUGGAGAUUUUCUGUACUGCCAAUUACACUGUAGACACCUAUUUGUAGGUCAUUGUUUGUUUUAAUGCUGUAAAAUGAAAGGGGAAAUGAAUGUUUAAAUACUGUAUUUUGUUUAAUUUGUGCACUUCUUCUGUAUGUCAAUUGUUAACAAAAUCUGUAGCACACCGAACAAUUAUUUUUACAAUUGUGUUAUCCACUGCAUAGAGAACUGCAGAAUUACAAAACCUGCCAUCGAAUGAAAAAAGUGAUUUUAGCAAUUAAAAAAAAAGCAUUUCCUUUGAGAUUCAUGUUUGGUUUAUUGUUUUCUUCUUUCUUCUUUCUUCUGCAUGUUAAUCUCUUCUCCAUCCUCUGGGAUUAUAAAGGACAUUUAAAAGUACACUGUUUAAAUUCACAUUUGCUCCAUAAACCAGUAUUUUAAUUCAAAAGCUUAGUUUUGUAUGUAGCUCUGCUAUUUCUUCUUGCUCAAAGUAUACUGUACAUUAUUAGCAGUUACUUUCCUUGUACAAAUUGUGUACCCUACAGUGGAACAUGGGCUCUGAAAAUCUGACUUCCUUUCAAAUAUUUAUUCAAUACAUUUUGUUUGAAAAGAACACUUGCAUUGUAAUAAACAAGGUGAUUCCAAUAACAACGUACAAUACAGGAGGGGGGAAAAAACAUCAAUACAAAUCUUGUUUGAAUACAGUGUGAAAAGACCCUAAGCUUUUAAACCUGAACCUCUCUCUUUCCCCCCACCCCCCUCCCUCCUCUGCUCUUUAAAAUGUAGUGGUUUGUGUGAUUUUAAUUUGCAAUGGGAUUGGUUCACUUAACCUGGCAGCGACCCAGGCUGAUGUAAUCGGAAUGUGUCCUUCCUUUUGAAGAGUUGAAGCUGAUUUUAUGGGCUGUAUGUUGGUUCUGUUUCAAUUCUUUUUAUGAACAUUUUUCAAAAAUAUAAUUUGCGAUUGAUUACAAAAAAAAGUACAGAACAAUAAUUACAGAACAAACAAAAAUCAUUUGAAUUUCCGUUUUUGAAAUAAUCUGAUGUUAAAUAAUUGAUAGAAUGAGAAUAUAAAAUGUGAACUCUUUAAGGGGUCCUAACAGUGGGGCCCCAUGUUUUUAAAAAGCAGCUCAGUCCACCUCGAUCAUUCUGCAACAGCAUUUCCAAGUGUAAAGUGUGAAGCAUGCGAUGCUUCCACGCUCAGAAAUAUGCUCUCUAUUCCCCUUUCCAGUAUUUUAUAACUAGUUACUUUUAAUAGUAUUGAUGUAUAGCUUAAUAAAAUGAUGAAUUAUUUUUGGUUCUGAAACAUUCAUGAGUCACCUAAGGGAGAUGUAAUAGUAAUUGCAUGGUUUAUUUAAGGUAGGAGAAAAUCGCUCCUCUUUGAAAUGUUACUGAUGUUAAAAAAUGGCUGUAUUAAGAUCCAACACUGUUUAAACAUCAUUGAAAUAGACCACUAUGUAUGCGUUUUACUUGGAGAAGCAGGUUGAUACAGGUAUUCUGGUGCAUGCAUUCCAGGUAAAACAAAUGUAAGGCUGUUUUGUAAUUGUCUGAUACGUAAAAAAAAAAAAAAAAAAAAAAAACCACGUAAAACAAAAACGAUCAUUUCAGGUUUCCAACGUGGGAAGCAAAGAAAGACUGACAAAGCUUUAUUGUUCCGUAGAAAGUCUUAUCGGAAAGGAUUAACAACUGCAUUUCCUUGAUGAUGGCUUUUAUCUGAAAAACUCAUCUGUCAGCAAAUGUCUAAAUAAUGCAUCCUUUGUGAAGAGUGUUUUCUUUAGCAGUCUUGUAACCUUGGGGGGAAAUUGUUUUGCGAUUUUUGAUUAUUUUGCAUUUUUUGAUUGCUUUUUCAAACGGUGCCUUCAUAAACUUUGUGGGUUUGUUACCUAGCAAUGCACAACAGAGCUAAUUUGCAACAACUCUCCCUCCAAUUAUUAAAACUGAACAUUCGUCCCUUUGUAUCAUCUUCCCAAUCCCAAAGUACAAAUAUUCUCAUUUGAAUAAUAGCAUGCUUAAGGGAACUGUCCUUAUAUACCUUUACAUUCAGUAUAUAUGUUGUAAAUAAUGGAGAUUUUCUGUACUGCCAAUUACACUGUAGACACCUAUUUGUAGGUCAUUGUUUGUUUUAAUGCUGUAAAAUGAAAGGGGAAAUGAAUGUUUAAAUACUGUAUUUUGUUUAAUUUGUGCACUUCUUCUGUAUGUCAAUUGUUAACAAAAUCUGUAGCACACCGAACAAUUAUUUUUACAAUUGUGUUAUCCACUGCAUAGAGAACUGCAGAAUUACAAAACCUGCCAUCGAAUGAAAAAAGUGAUUUUAGCAAUUAAAAAAAAGCAUUUCCUUUGA